AUGUCAGCUGAGGGCACCAGCGGUCAGGAAGGGGCAGGUGCUAGUUCCCCCACUGUCAGGUCUUACAGAGGGUACAGGCCCAGGAACAAGCUAGAAAACAUAGUGUGGCAUUUGGUCAAUUUUCUGAUCUCCAAGUAUCAGAAUGAGGAGCCUACCAAUAAGGAAGAGAUCGUGGACAAUGUCAUCAGAAGGUGUGAGAACAACUUCCCUGAGAUCUUCCAGAGAGCUUUGAAGAUCAUGCAGAUGGUCUUUGGUGUGGAAGUGAAGGAAGUGAACCCCACCUCCCACACCUAUGUCCUGUUCCCCUUGCUCGGGCUCACUUAUGACAAUAGUGUGAAGAGCCAAACCCAGAGCUUCCCCAAGAAUGGCCUUCUGAUCACAAUCCUGAGUACCAUCUUCCUGGAAGGCGGCCGUGCCAGUGAGCAGAAGAUCUGGGAGACGCUAGAAGCGAUGGAGGUGCAUGCAGGGCAGGAGCAUUUUAUUUAG